UCGGAGGUGUGGAGGCCAAUGGCGGACGGCGAGAUGCGGCGGGGUGGGAAGAACAGUUGCCUCACGCCCAACCCGAGGCUCCGGAGGAGGCUGGGGAGUGAAUUUUCUGGAAGGCGACUUUAAAGGCGCCGGGCCAGAGCGAAGGGCGUUUUGGUGCCUGUCGCCGUAGCCGCCGCCCUGGUCGGGAAGGGCGCCUUAGUGGCAGAGAGCGAGCUGCAUCGAGGACGCCGGGGCAUCAGCUGGUGACCCCGCAGGAUGAACCACAAGAGCAAGAAGCGGAUUCGCGAGGCCAAGCGGAGUGCGCGGCCGGAGCUCAAGGACUCGCUGGACUGGACCCGGCACAACUACUACGAGAGCUUCCCGCUGAACCCGGCGGCCGUGGCGGAUAACGUGGAAAGGGCAGAUGCUUUACAGUUGUCCGUGGAAGAGUUUGUGGAGCGAUAUGAAAGACCUUACAAGCCCGUGGUUCUGCUGAAUGCCCAAGAAGGCUGGUCUGCACAGGAGAAAUGGACACUGGAGCGCCUAAAAAGGAAGUACCGCAACCAGAAAUUCAAGUGUGGUGAGGACAAUGAUGGCUACUCAGUGAAGAUGAAGAUGAAAUACUACAUCGAGUACAUGGAGAGCACUCGGGAUGACAGCCCCCUUUACAUCUUUGAUAGCAGCUAUGGUGAACACCCCAAAAGAAGGAAACUUUUGGAAGACUACAAGGUGCCCAAGUUUUUCACUGAUGACCUAUUCCAGUAUGCAGGGGAGAAGCGAAGGCCUCCUUACAGGUGGUUUGUGAUGGGGCCACCACGUUCCGGGACUGGGAUUCACAUUGACCCUCUGGGAACCAGUGCCUGGAAUGCCUUAGUUCAGGGCCACAAGCGCUGGUGCCUCUUCCCAACUAGCACUCCCCGAGAGCUCAUCAAGGUGACCCGAGAAGAAGGCGGGAACCAGCAAGAUGAAGCAAUUACCUGGUUUAGUGUCAUUUAUCCCCGGACACGGCUUCCAACUUGGCCCCCUGAAUUCAGACCCCUGGAAAUCUUACAGAAACCAGGAGAGACUGUCUUUGUCCCAGGAGGCUGGUGGCAUGUCGUCCUCAAUCUUGACACCACCAUUGCCAUCACCCAGAAUUUUGCCAGCAGCACCAACUUCCCUGUUGUGUGGCACAAGACGGUAAGAGGGAGACCAAAGUUAUCGAGGAAAUGGUAUAGGAUCUUGAAGCAGGAGCACCCUGAGCUGGCGGUCCUAGCAGAUGCCGUUGACCUCCAGGAGUCCACGGGCAUCGCCUCGGACAGCUCCAGUGACUCCUCCAGCUCCUCCAGCUCCAGCUCGUCCGACUCGGACUCUGAGUGCGAGUCUGGGUCAGAAGGCGAUGGGACAAUGCACCGCAGGAAGAAGAGGAGGACGUGUAGCAUGGUGGGCAACGGGGACACCACCUCACAGGACGACUGCGUGAGCAAAGAACGCAGCUCCUCCAGGAUUAGGGACACAUGUGGAGGCCGGGCUCAUCCCUGAGCAAAUAGAGACUCCCUGAGGUGGCUCUGUGUGUGCUGUUGGCUGCCAUCCAACUCAGUUCUCACGUCUUCUGCUCCUACUUCUUUGUCUUCUUUGAAUUUGGAUCUUCCUUCUCUGGUCCAAGCUCCUGUCUUCAAUCAGAUGCUGGUUUUACUGCUUGCUAAGACUAGAUUGCCAAGAAGUUUAAAAGCUCGGCCAGCUCAGUGAAACACUGAAGCUACCAUGAUGUUGGGUAAGAAAGUUCCGUGUCAUCUUGUGCAGAACCACGCGGGUGGACCCCAAGGCUGAAGGGUUGUGCUCCCUCCUGCAUCUCGCUCUGCCUGUCUCCUCCCUGCCCUCGGUAAGGAGCAGUGGCUGCACCAGCAGAGAUGGGAGAGGCAAGUGCACUCGGAGCUAUGGGGAAACACCGUGCCGAGCUUGUGUGCAGAGGCCCAGUGUGUCCAGCUCUCCCCUGCUCCGCCGUAGGACUCUGCAUCUUUGUCCACUCAGGCUGCGGGAUUUCAGAGGUGCCCUCUGUGGUGCAUUUCGGGGGCAAGGAUGACACCUGUUUGCUCACAGAGUGAGAGGGUGUUUAGUGUGCUUUGUCUCGGAACUUGAGUUAAGAACGGGGUUCCUUCCAGCAGCACGUCCUUCCCGCCUCGGAAAGGGACUUCCUUGCUGUGUCCCCCAUCUUCAAAGCCUACAGUCGUCAAGCAGGCAGCUCUUGUUGCACACAGGAGAGAGACAGGAUGAGGGCUCUUGGAGAGCUCUGUUGGAAAACUUGGGGAUGGACCAGCAGGUUCCCCGUCUUGUCCUCUAGAUUCACCUGCUUGCCUUAAUCUGCCCCUAAAUUCAAGGAAAACAGACCGGUUAUCACUUCCUGACCCUGGGUUGUGCGCCUUUGCUCUAGGAGGCUGGCCCUGUUUUCUCCCAGUGCAGCUUUCUGCAUCCUCAGACCCCAGCCCCUCCGCGUGCCUGGGUGGAGAAAUCCUCUCCUGCAGAGGCUGCCACUCCCUGCUGGGCUCUGCCUUCUCUCUGGAAGGCAGCUUCCCCUGGUCCCUGGUGGGCCGGGAUGUGCUUGUUUCUGAGUCAAGUCAAAUCCUGAAAGUUGACAUAAUACUGAAGGAUGUUCCUCCUACUUGAGUUUUUGUUUUGGGUCGUUGCCCCCAGUACUGGAGAUGAGAUGCAGCCUCCUGUGCUCCAGACAAGUGCUGUACCACUGGGCUAUAUCCCCAACCCGUUCAAGACAAGAACUCACCAUAUUGCCCAUACCGGCCUUGAACUUGUCUCCACAUCCCCAGUAUCUGGGAUUAGAGGCCUGCACCACCCUGCCCAGCUACACCUGCAGCUUUUAAAAAGACUUUUCUUGCCAUCUUCAAACUACCCCUUCCCCCUAAAUUUCAGCCAAAAGAAGGGCCCUGCCACUAGGGGGCGCAGUGGGAUGUGUGCUCUGAUGGAGCACAAAUUUGAAACUGAAAGCUGGGCUCCCCAUUUCUCCAGAUGCUGGAGGUGAUUCCUGGUUGCUAGACACCAGCAGGAGCGAGGGACCUGGCCACAGUCCUCUCCCGACAGUGCUGGACAGCACAGAUUAUGUGAUGCUCGUGCCACCCCAUGAAUAGUUGUAGGGUACCGGGCCAAGGAUUCAGCAGUCCACUGUGAAAGCAGGGUGAGGCGGGGGAGCUCCUUUCUUCCCUCCCACCUGGCCCGUGCUCCUCCUUUGAAUCGAGUCAGCAGAAGGAAAGGGAAGGACGCAGCACGAGACCAUCUCUGGGGAUUAUUCUCCAGGUUGGCUGCUGAUCUUAAACCUGAAGAGCUGUGUCUUGGAAAAAGGGGUACUGGCAGGACAGAAGCGACGUGAGUAGGACCCAGGGCAUCUAGAGGGCACUGGGCCUCUGGGAAUGUGGUCCCUGCCAGCCAAGAAGAGUCCCUUGCAGCUGUGUAGAUGGCCCCGGAGUCGUCAGUGGUCCUGGGAUGCUGAGGGUGAGGCCCCCAAAGCAGGGACACCACUCACAUUUUGUUCUUGUGCUGCCACUGCUUCAUAAUUCAAGCAUCCUGCAAAUAUUGUAGGGCCAGCCAGCCAUGGUGCCCACCUAUAAUCGCAGUACUCGGGAAGCCGAGUCAGGAGGUUUGCUGGGAGUUUGAAGCUAGCUUGUGCUACAUAGUGAUUCAAGGCUGGCCAGCCAAACUAUACAGCAAGACCCUUUCUCCAAAAACAGUUGGAGUUCCAGGACUGCUCUGGGUGUCAGAAGUACAGCAGGGACAAGCCCGGGUUCCUGACCUCGAGGAACUUACUCGGCAGUGACCAUUCAUAAGGGUAGGACACGAGAGUGUGUGCACUUCCACAGCCAGAAAAGCAAGAGCCAUCCUCCCUGAACACAAGCAGGCCAGUUCUUCAUGAAGGGGCAUGGCCACCGUACACCACGUGCUGGGUCCCAACACAGUCUCUCUGUAGAGUAGCUGGAGGCACUUAAAUUCACAAAGGCUCACAGCAAGUAGGUGGUAAGUCUCACAAACCCAGAACCCAGCCCUGGAUUUAGGACUUUAGGCACGAGAAUGGGACAGAGCAAGUCAGUCCGUGUUGUAGAGGCGCUGUCUAGGAGGACGCACGUGAGCAUACGGUGUACGUUCCGUAGUUGUGCAUAGCUUUCCCCAGAGAGGCAGCCGUGAUGUGUGUGCUGACACUGCUGACAGGUUCAGCAGAGUAGCUUCUUCCUCCUGGCUUUUGUCAAGAUGUCCUGUUGUUGUCACACUGUUUUCAGCAAAACUAGAAGAGUAUGGGCCCCUAGGUGGUACCUCUCAGUUUGUCUCAUUGUUAGAUCAGAAAUUGGAAUCACCAAGCCCUUCCCCAUCUCUGGUGGGAACCAGCCUUGCCUGCUGUCUCCAUGGUGACUGUAGUUGUCAAGCAGAACCCUGAGCAGUCUGGGCUCUGUGUCCCCCGUGCUGUAGCGUCUGCCAUGGAGCACCUAUGGGGUCUGCCAUUGGGUUGGUGUUUUUUAACUUUCACUUAGAUGGAACUUGUUCAUUUUAAAUAAAGCAACUGGA